UGUCGUCAUUAAACAAGCAGUUCAGCUGAAGCUUGCCUAAAGCACAAAUACGUUACCAGAUAAACGCUACCUGAACAACUUCCAGUACAAACAAUAAAGUUAGAAUAUCUACAGCAGUCAUGUCUGUAGAUUAUGCUGCCGGCCUAUCGCCGUAUGCAGACAAGGGUGUUUGCGGACUUCCUGAGAGCUUUGAGAGUCCUGAGGAGCUGAAGGCAAAGGUGGACACGCUUGCUCAGUUAAUUAAAGAAUCUAAAUACUUGGUUGUCCACACAGGAGCUGGAGUCAGCACCUCAGCAGGCAUCCCUGACUUCAGGGGCCCCAAGGGUGUAUGGACGUUAGAAGAAAAAGGUGAAUCCCCUCACUUUGAGACCACAUUUGAAGAUGCCCGCCCCAGUUUAACUCACUUAGCCCUCCUGGGACUUGAAAGGGCCGGAUAUCUCAAGUAUCUCAUCAGCCAGAACGUAGACGGCCUGCAUGUUCGAUCGGGCUUCCCCAGGGACAAGUUAUCAGAGCUUCAUGGAAACAUGUUUGUGGAGGAGUGUGAGAAGUGUGGCAGGCAGUACAUCAGAGAAAAGGUGAUUGGUGUGAUGGGGCUGAAACCAACAGGACGUUACUGCGAUGUGGUGCGGUCCAGAGGACUAAGAACCUGCAGAGGGAAGCUGAUCAGCACCAUACUGGAUUGGGAGGAUGCUCUUCCUGACAGAGACCUGAACAGAGCAGAUGAGGCAAGCAGACGAGCAGACCUAGCACUGACGCUGGGCACGUCCAUGCAGAUUAAACCCAGUGGAGAUCUCCCACUCCUCACAAAGCGUAAAGGAGGGAAAGUGGUUAUUGUCAACCUGCAGCCUACAAAACAUGACAAGCAUGCUCACCUGCGUAUCCACAGUUACGUGGAUGAGGUCAUGAAACAGCUGAUGCAGCUUUUAGGUUUAGACAUCCCAAAAUGGGAGGGACCAACCAUCUGCGAGAGCUCCACAGCCCCAUCUGAGGCCACCACUGAUAACAAACCACUUUGCAACAUUUCCGUAGAGGAAAAAGUGAAAAGGGACGAAGUUAAGGAGGAAAGUAAAAGAGAAGCAACACAGCUAAAAGAGGAUGAGAGUGAUAAGGAGGAGACUGUGCCAGUAAAGAGAGAGAGAGCAGAAGAGAAAUAACCUUUGGUAGAUUCCUCACUAAAAGUUUCCAGCAUAAACCCGUCCAGAAACAUCAGUUUCAUGCAGGACAAAAACCUUUUUUUUUUUUUUUUUUUUGUAGUAAUCUCAUUAAUCCCACAUUUCUGAUUCUCCCCUCACAGCCCUGAUGAGCAGUCAUGUGGUACAGAUUCAACUAAAACUACACAAAUUGGAAAUGUUGUUUUUCCACAUAGUAACACUCUUGGAAAUUCUCAGGCAGUGAUGUAAAAGUUCAGCUUCCUGCAGUGGGGGAUUUUUUUUUUUUUUUUUUUUUUUGUGUUAUCCAGCUCGGAGCUUUGUUUUGCUGAAUGAACAAGUCUUCAACAGACAGGACAACACGAUGAGAUCUGGAGCACAUCGUUAUAAAGAAAGUUUUUAAUAAGGUGUGUAAGUUUGCUGCAUCGUAUUAAUAUUUAUAGCCCUAUGCUCCAGAUUUUGUCCCUGCAGAUUUAGCCUUUUAAGACUCCAUGGUUUGAUAUGUUAUGAAAAGGAAUAUGAAGUGAGCUUCUCUGUCUGACAGACUAGUUGCUGCAUACAGCUCUGGUAAAUUUUAGGUCAUGUCUGAUUUUGGACCAUAAAUGAGUCAUAAUCAUGUUGUAUGUUUUCAGAAACAGUUUUUUAUCUCAGGAGAACGUUGUACACACACAGUUAAGGUUAUUUUUUUUUUUACAUAAUUCACUGUGCAUAUAAACAUGUUUUAGCAAUAAACACACUACCUUUGUGAAGAAAAAACAAAGUCAGUCUUGUGUCCAUUGUGGCUGGUUGCAAACUUAGAGCUGUUUGUCUGAGAUGUGCUUUCUGUGCUGCUGCUUAACAACUCAUUAACAUCUCUGAAGUCAGCAUUUAAACACUUCUGUAGUGUUUAAAAAUAUAUUAUGAAUCACUGCAUUGAGAAGGAACUUCAUAAUCACGGCCAUUGAAACACUGACGUCAGUGGGAAGAUGAGAGAGACGAGCAGCCAGCUUCUUUCCCAUGCAAUCCUGAUCCUUUUCUAUUUUUUAUCGUUUUGAGCAGCUGUGUCCAGGCGUUUUUAUAAGCAUAUGAUUAGACAUUAGUUUCAGUUCAUUAAGACUCUUUGUCUUUGCAGAAAUUUAAGUUGGGAAACAUAACGCAUAAAAACUGUGAAUGGGUGAUUGCAGAGCUCUCAUUACUGCUCUUACAUCUAGUAACUUGUUUUUCAUUGCAUCUGCUCUGUAGUGCUGAUAAGUUUUCACACCAUUUCUGAAAUCUUCUUGCCUUGUUUUCAUCAUUACUUUAGAUGUGACAUCAGGCCGAAUUGUAUGAAGAUAUGUAUUCCUUAAAUAAAUUGUCAGAUGUCACAUUUGAUAUGUAUGCUGUAAGAGGGUUAUCUCCCUCAUAUCUCCCAUUUCAGCAGUUCUCCGUGUUUUUAGGUUGUAAUUU